GAUAGAAUCAUAGAAUGUCUGAGCCCAGACUGCAUCCCAUUCCCCUGUGGCUCACCGAGGAUUAUGUCCAAAAGAAGCUGCGUGCCUUCCUCAAAAACGAUUCCCUGAAACUGGAGAAAUUGGAUAUCAAGCCGGCCAUCGCAAAAGGAGAAAACUACAACAGCGUGAUGACUCGUAUCAAUGUGGAGUACACCACAAAAGAAUCGAAGGAAAAACUGGAAACUAACUUCCUGGUAAAGACCACUUUCGCCGAUAAGGAUCCGGCUGCCCAUGUUCUCACAAAAUAUGGCAUUUACACCCGUGAAAUGGACAUGUACCAGCGUAUCCUUCCCAAAAUGGCGGAUGUUGUGAAAACAGAGAUCGGGGAUCCUCGAAGGAUAUUUGCAGGUACCGUAAACGUCGACAAAGAAAGGGAUUCCAUUAUUUUCGAGGACCUCUUGCUGGAGAAUUACAAGGUGGCCUGCAGGCUGAAAAAAUUGGAUUUGGAGCACACCCAUAUGGUGCUGGAGAAGUUGGCCAGCUUCCAUGCCGCUGGUGCAGUUCUGGCAGAGAGGGAACGCGGUAUCUUUAGGGAGAACUAUGAUCGUGGUUUCUACAACAAGUAUACUCGGGGCUAUGAGCCAGUGAUGAAGGGUCUUCUAAAGGCCCUGUCCCGCUCUCUCAACUUGGAUGAGGAGCUGCGCCGUCGAUACCAGGCGAAGAUUGACCGAGUCGUCGAUCAUGUCAUGAUCUAUGGGGAGCGUUCAACCACUAACAAUCCCGGGGACUUUGUAACCCUCACCCAUGGAGAUCUGUGGACCACCAAUGUUAUGUUCCAGUACGACGGAAAAGGACAUCCCACCAACGCCAUCUUCAUCGAUUUCCAAUUCAGCGUGUGGAACUCCCCGGCCAUCGAUCUUCACUACUUCUUCUCCACAUCGAUCCACGACGAGCUCCGCCUGCACAAUCAACCGGAACUGGUCCAGUUUUACUACUACAAGUUGAAGGAUGCCUUGAAGAAAGUCAGGUAUGCCGGUCCCAUUCCGAGUUUGUUCGACUUUCAACUGCAGUUCCGCGCCAGAGCCUUUUAUGCUGUGUUCGCCUCUUUGAUGUUCGAGCCCUUUAUGCUUUAUGAUGGCAAGGAGGAGGCCUCCCUGGAACAAAUGAUUUCCGAGGGCGAGAGUGGAAUAAGAUUCAAGGACGAUCUCUAUAGGCAGGAGGGCGCGAGGAAGAAGCUCCACCAUACACUUCCCUACUUGGAACAGUGGGGAUUGCUUGAUGAUAUGUAAAGGCUGUAAAACGAUUAAAAAUCUCUUGUCGCA